AUGCCAUCUGGAUCUAACUUCAUUGCACUUCUAAAAGAACGUAUCGAUGCUGGUGAUCAUCUUCUUCGAAGUCAUCUUGAAAAAGAACCUCGUAAUUCAACAUAUACAAGUUCGUCUGUUCAAAACGAAAUUAUUGAAGUUAUUCACGAGUAUAUUUUGUCGUCCAUUCUCGGUCGUUUGGCUCCAUCAGCACUCUACUCUAUAAUAGUCGAUGGUACCACUGAUUCAUCCAACAUUGAACAACUAUGUUUACUCAUUCGAUAUGUCGAUCCACAGUCACAUGAAAUUCGUGAAGAUUUUCUUGCUUUCAUACCGACCGCUUCGUCAACUGCAUAUGACGGUGCUCCUAGUAUGUCUGGUAUUUUCAAUGGCUGUCAAGCUAUCGUUAAACGAUCAUGUCCUGAUGCUGAAUAUAUGCAUUGCAGUUCUCAUGCGCUUAAUCUUUCUCUUAUUGAUUCAUGCACAUCUCAACUUAUUCGAAAUAUGUUCGGCAUCAUCAAAUCUGUAACUACUUUUUUCAAUGAUUCAGCGAAACGUACAAAUGCAUUGAAACAUGAGAUUGAACGUCCAGACAACGAUUAUAUUAUACUUAGCAAGAAAAAACGUCUUUUGUCUCUGUGUGAAACUCGGUGGGUUGAACGUAAUGUUGCACUUGAAACAUUUCUUGAAUUAUACGUUUCAAUCUCGAAUACUCUCGACUGUCUUCGCAUCGAAGGAAACUCAACUUCAGAACAACUGUAUCAUUCAAUUAAUAGUUUCGAAACAAUUACUUCUUUAUGUGCUGCAUGUUUUCUUCUCAGCGAAAUUACUCCUCUCAGUCGACUUCUACAAACGCCUACUAUUGACUUUGGUAUUGCUCACCACCAGGUUUUAUCAUUACUUAACACCUUUGAAACAAGAGAGACUAACGCUACUGAUUAUUUCAAAAAUAUUGUCUUUGAACAAGCUAAACAAAUUUCUGAAGAAUUAUUUAUACAACCAGCAGCUCCACGUACGCACCAACGACGUCAUGGUCAUCGACUUCUUGAUCCAGAAGAAUUUUACCGAGAUCAAAAUGAAAUGUAUUUGCCUGUUAAAGAAACACCAACGCGUUGUGCUUAA